AUGGUGCUCUAUAAAAGGAAGCCGGUGCAGUUCUUGCCCCCGGCUGAGGUCGAGGACGAGGACACCGAGGUCUGGCAAAUUCCUCAGACAGGCGAAAUAUUUGUGUCUUACGAAGAAUAUUUAAAUCGAAUGGAUUUUUACAAACAGCGUCGGUUCAAUGACGAAAUCACAGGCCAUUCCGGCCUUACCUUUUUUGAGGCUCUCACCAGCGAGCGCGCUGGUGGUCAAGAAGUAGAGGCUGCUUUCCCCGAAGCGCUCAAGGGUCCCAUUCUCCGCAAAGUCCAAUUCCAGACCAUUUCUCGCCUGGAUAACCUCGUGGACAUGGUAUACGACGAAUUUAAAGCCGACUUUUAUCCCGGAGAGGAUGUCUUUGUCACCCUUGACGAGUUUAACAACGAGCGACGCCCCUGUUUAGUGCGGGAGAAGACAACCUUUGGUGCCAGAAUCUUGCCAGAUGGGUCGAGCUCUCUCCCCACAAGCCGGUAUCUGGUUGUUCUCGGCGGAGGCUCAGGAAAAGAGCAAAUCGUGACUGAUGAUAACCUUAGCCGUGAGCGUGGUGCCUUCACAAAGUCCAUGCUUCGGUCUUUCAUUAAGAGAACAGUUACCAGGGAGGCGUGGAAUGGCGCGCCAUGGCUUGUAAAGAAUGAUUACGCUACCCAAUACCACAUUGAUACUAGGAUCCCCCCUCACCUUCGGCACGACACCAAAAUCCAGGAACGUAGGCAGCUUCUGGCGCAGAAGCGCGAGCGAAACUCACUGGACGUUGUAAAUGGACACGGCGCCGUGCAGACUGGCCCGGUGCGCCUACCUGAGUUAAAGCCUGCUCCCAAAAGCCACAAGGGAAAGCAGACUCCUGGCGGUUCAGGGACCAAGGGCCUUAAGUGGCCUGGUGAUAUGGUCCAUGAUGGUGUGAAUGGUACUGGCUAUCCACGACACGACGAACAAGUUGCUGUACCGCGCGAGCCGACGCCUCCACCCCCGCCUCCUCCACCGAAAUAUCCCAUCGAAGACCUGCAACUUGAGCCCCGGGCUGGAAUUGUGCGUCCUCCGCUAAAAUUCAUAUGCAGAGAUCCUCCCGUCGAGGUAGAAGACGAUGUCGAUCGCCGCCAAGCCCACCUUAUCGAUCUUAUCCAUCGCGGACUUGACAUGGAGAGCGUCGGGCCUCUCUUGGAGACGUGGGAUACGCUCAAUGUUUACUGCGAAAUCUUCAAACUUGAUUCUUUUACUUUUGAUGACUUUCUCGAAGCGAUGGAGGUUGCUUAUUCCAGCGGUCCAGUGCAACUGUUUGAUGAGAUUCAUUGCGCGGUUUUGAAGAUUCUCGUUGAUUCUGAGUCUGACGGCGGUAAGGUGCGAAUCACGCUGCCAGAAGUGGAAGAGGAGGACAGCGAUGAAGACGAGGAUGAUGAAGAAGAGGACGACGAGGAUAGUGAGGAAGAAGACGCUCAGCCGGAGGACAUUCCCGUGGCUAGAGCCACGCGCAGCAGCCUAGCAAAAAUCGAAGCGGAGAGACUGGCAGCUGAAGCAGCGGCUGCUGAGGAGGAAGAGCUCCGAGCGGAACAGGAAACAAAGAAUAGAGCGGAAGAGCUUAUGAAGGAGUUUGACUGGAUCGAGCACCUACGAAAACGAAACUUUCAGGAUGGUGGCUGGCAGAGAAUUUUAGUCGGUCUGCUGCACCAACUCUCCAAGAACGAGCGCCAACAAAAAGCAUGCGAGGAGCUGUUGCAAAAACUGGUACCUGCUGAGAUGGUACCAUCUCUGGAGAAUGUGAAGAAGCAGUAUACCGAGCUGGAUAUCAAUUAUCGCAUCAAGGCCCUGCAGAUUAUCUGCAUGCUGACAAUGGAGACAAAAGCUGUCCGAGGUUACAUGGAAGAUUGCAGCGAGACAAUGACCAAGUACCGCAAAGACAAGAUUGAGUGGCAGCGACAGCGAAAGCAAGUAACAGAAGAGCUUCGACAACUGAAUGAGCAGCGUAAACUCUUAAUGCCAGAAAAUGAACCUACUGAAGAAACCAACGGUACCCCUGUCAAGGAGGAAAUUGACGUUAAGAUGGCAGAUGCGGAUGAAUCAAUCAUUAGCAAAGAUGACGAAGCCGAGGACGAUCAAGAUGAGAGCUCCAAAAAGAAGCGCCGGGGCCGUGUCUUAACAGAUAAGAAGAAGAAGCAUGAAGAAGAGGAGAAGCUCAAGAAGGCGAGAGAAAAGGCGCUGGAAAAGGCCAAACCGCAGCAGUCGAAGCAGUACAUCAAACUUUUAAAAGAAAUACAAAAGAAGGAGGAUAUCAUAAAGAAGUGCGAAGAGGAAGUCGCUAUCAUCGAUAACGAUCUACGCGAGGCCGACUGUCCACGAACGCGGGUACUUGGAAAAGACAGAUUCUGGAAUCGAUACUAUUGGUUUGAGCGAAACGGUAUGCCCUAUGCGGGAUUGCCUGAUAGCUCUACUGCACAUGCCGAAUACGCGAACGGGUGCAUCUGGGUACAAGGUCCAGAUGAUUUGGAACGGGAGGGAUACAUUGAGCUGCCUACCGAGCUUCAAAACGAGUACAAAGCCAAGUUCGACAUGACAGUCCCAGAGAGGAAGGCCAUGGAAGAGGGUGGCAGCAGCGUUUUCACCGCUAAGCAAUGGGGUUAUAUCUCGGAACCAGAAGAACUGGACCAGCUCAUCAAAUGGCUGGACCCUCGAGGCUUCAACGAGAUCAAGCUACGGAAAGAAUUGGUCACCUACCGAGAUAGGAUAGCCAAGCACAUGAAAAAUCGGAUAAAAUGGAUCACUGGCAAGGCAGUAGAAGAUGAAGAAGGCGACAAGGAAGGCGACAAGAAAGAUGAGCCAAAACGAACGAGACCAAGGGCCCGCGAUAGGACACCUGAGCAUCGUCCUACUUUUCGCUGUCUGCAGUGGGAAAACACGAUGGCCCUGGAUGAGCUGGGACACUUGCACAGUGAACCACCCCCACCUCCGCGAUCUAGAAAGCAGACAAAGAAGCGAGAAGCGAUGGCUGAACCAGCAUCAAGACCAGCGACGAAGACUCGGCGCAAAUAA